CAUCGACCGACUACAAGCACGCCGACCCGGUCAUGUCUUCGAGAGCUGCUCUGGCGCUUCCGCUGCUCCUCCAGUCCCCGCCAGGACAGCAGUCGCAGGUCUAUGCCGACCUCGUUGCGCUUCUAGAGUCCGAGGGAGAUGACGGCGCAGCGGACGCGGCCGAGUUCCAAGCGAAAGCACAGGAAGUCUGGAGGCAGCACAAUGUCGAGCAGCUCAUCACCAUUGAUGCGCCAGCGUCGUCUGCCACCGAUACCAAUGGCAACUCCAAGCCGAAUGCCGCCGCCGUUGCUGCUGUUGUGUUGUCGGAGCACGGCGUGUUCAGCUGGAAGGGACAGGAACGAUUCAGGGACCCGAGGAGCAAGACGAGCUUCGUCGUGGACCAUUACGACCUGAAGGCGUCAGACCCGCAGCCUUACAAGCCCAACGUGCAUGCAGAGCCCCUUCGAGAGGCUAUCGAGGCUGACGUGGCCAAGUACGUCUUUGACCGCUACGAGACGGGCAUCGCUUCUGUCUUUGUCCAGUCACUCCCGAGGCCAGAGCCGGUCAAAGAGCCGGUCAAGGCGGCAGACCCCAUCGCUCAAGAGGCCAAUCCGAAGGACGCUGUCGAAGAAGGAGGAGAGGAGGUGGACGGGAAAGACGAGGCAGACUCCGAAGUAAAGACCGCAGAGGGCGAAGACGUCCAGCAAGACACCGAAGAGAAUGUUGCAGAGGGAGAGGACAAGGAAGGGCCCAAAGACACAGCUGCAGAAGGGGAGGAUAGUGAGAUGGAAAAUAGAGGAGAAGAGGGCCAAGCGGAAGCCUCUGCUGGGGAAGACGCAACGGCAGCACCCGCAACGGACAGUGAAACCAAGGAGAAGGAGGACGCGGUCAUGGCAGAGCGUGAGGACGAAGAAGAGAAGGACGAAGAGGCCUCGGGCCCCUCGAAGCUCUUCAUUCACAUUGUCGCGAACAAGAUCAAGCUUUCCAACUACUGGUCGGGACGGUGGCGAGCAACAUAUACCUUUGACCCCUCUUCCCCAUCGUCGCUCGACUCAACCCUGGCGCUCCAGGUUCACUACUUUGAAGACGGCAACGUUCAGCUGCACGGCCUUCGCCCAACAAGCACGACUCUCUCGCUCCCAACCUCUGCUGCCGAUCCCUUUGACGCAAAAUCGGCGCCCGAGGUUGCAAAGGCCAUCGCGAGCGCCAUCGAAAAGCAUGAGGAGGCUUACCAAAAGACCCUCUUUGCCACUUGCAAUGACCUUGGCGAGCGGGCCUUCAAGGCGCUGAGAAAGACGCUGCCGAUCACGAGGCAGAAGGUGGACUGGGACAAGGUCCUCAACUAUAAGCUCGGGUCUGAGCUCUCUCGAUAGAAGAG